UAUUGUUGAUUUUUUAAUAUAAUUAGGUUUUCAAAAAACUAUUAAAUUGGAAACUCAUUGACUUAACUCACAGAACAGCAGAAUAUUUUGUAUUUAUCACUUUUCUGAGUUGGAUUCUGUGCUUUCUCCGAUCUGAAGACUUGAAAAUGGGGAUGCUCAGGAAUGCACAAUUUGGUGGAUGAGAAUUAUUCAGAUCUUCUUUUAUACCAUUUUCAUCGUGAUGGAACACCCAAAUACUAAUUUUAAAAUGCUGAAUAUGCUACUUAGUAAUACUACUAACAGCCAGAUCACAAUGUUUGGGAAUUUGCCAAUAAGUAUGCAAGAAAAUCAAGUUCCGACCACUUCCUUCCUGUCUCGUCAAUCUAAAAAGAGGCACCGAAAGCAUCAAAAGAAAGUGACAUUUGCGGAAUAUCACAACCAGCCUGCAACGAAAGACUCAUUUGUUGGAACAGCUCCUGAUGAUUUAGCAGAAACAUUAUUUGUUGAUGAAUGUACUAAUGUGAAAUGGGAUGACUCACAAAUGAUAGAGACAAUUCCAUUUGAAACUAAAAAUAUCUGCAAUACAGGCAUAUCAACAUGUUGUAAUGUAAAGGCUCAUCCUAUUAUUUUAAAAAAACGAGAUCAGCCAUAUCCAGAGCCACUAAAAAAUCUUCCCUUUUCACCUUCUCGAUUCCUUAACCCAGACACAAAUUCCUCACAAAGCGAGAAAGAGAAAGUUACCAGAGAUUUGAAUCUGUCAUUAUGUAGUCAUCCUGAUGACAGUGGCAUAGAAACAUCUGUUGAAAAUGAUUUGAUGUUCGCAAAAGCAUUAACAUCUACACCAAUUUGUAAAAAAUCGCGAAAACGACUUAUCACCCCUCUAAAAUCUGAAAUUGAUGCUGUAUCACCUCUAAAAUCUUCCCAUUUAUCAGAAAGUUGUUUUUCUGAAGCAAACACAACACUACUCAAGUAUAAUGAACAUACUUCAAAUGAUUCUGGAAAUGAGACGGUUUUCAAGACUCCAGUGAUAAGGAAGUAUUUAAAUGAAAGUGGACCUCGAACUCCCACUCCAUUUAAAUGCGAAGGUAAAGCAUCCGAGAAAGACAUGGGAAAAACUUCUAAUAUUGGCACUUUUUCUCCAGAGAGGUUUAAUUUAUUCAAUGACGAUAAACCUCUUCCUAUGAUUGGUAAGCUCUCUCCGGAAGUAACAAAGCUUGGAACUUUGAGUCAGCGCGUUCAUCCAAGAUCACUAAAGAAAGCACGUAAAGCCUUACUACUGGAUCAAGAAUGGUCAGUUCAUGAGUCUAAACCACUUGGUGUGAUGGGGGUUCAGGAUGACAUCUCAUUAGCUUCUCGAUUACCUGAUGUUAAUAAAGUGGAUCAUGUAGGAUUUAUUCCAUUUGAAUCUCCAAUGUCAAGAAGUAAGAUAAGAGUUCGCAAUUGUAGUAGCUUGGUUGAUGAUGGCACCGUAGUCGAAUCUCAAAAAUUCAAAAUUGGUCGAAAGUCCUUCUAUACAUCACACUCUGAAAUUGUAUCACGGAAAGAAGAAGUUUGUAAAAAGUGGAAAUCAUCCAUUGAAUUAAAUAAAAAAUGGGUGGCAAUUGCAUGUGGUCAUUCAGAAGAUCAAAAAUCAAUGACAUUGGCUGCAAAGAAUUAUUUGAGAUACAGUGAACAUAAUCCAAAAACACUAUCUGAAGCUGUUUUAAAAAAGAAAUUUUGUCGAAGUACUUUAAUGAGAUAGGUGUAUAUUUUAGCGAAGUUCAUUGAAUAACGUGUGUGGUACCAGUGACAAUAUACGACAGGCACUGGUGUUAAAUAGACAAGUUUUGAGUUUACAAAAAGUUUAAUAAUUUUUUUGACAUGUUUAUGUGAAAUUGAAAGAUUGUUGCAAAUAAAUGUUUGGAAUAGAAUCCCACUAUUACAUUUUCAAUGUAUUCCUAUUAGAUACAGUAGUUGAAACAUUGAAAAUGCGUCACUGGAAGUUAGAGACGAUAGGCUUUCUCAGUAUCAACAACUAUUCACUCAUCAUGACCCAAUUGCCAAGUUUGUGACACCUUUUUAGGUUUGUUUCAAUUGCUUCGAAUAAGGAGCCAGUGCUGAUCUAUUAACACUUUUUUAUGUUGAAUUAUAAUAUAUAAAAUUAUUUUCAAAUGUUUGACAUCAUUACUUGCCAUGAAAGAUCAUUCUUUUUUAAUUUUUCUUCUGAAAAAACAGCUCUUGAUGAGAUGUUAUUGUUGUAAAUAAAAGGUAAUGAACAGUUAUGAUAAUGGAUGACACAUAACAAACUAAAUAAAAUAAUGGUGAAAUAUUUUUAUUCAAUAUCAACUAAAAAUGAAACUUCAAAACGGAAAGAGCUGUAAGAUAAAAAAAUUCUUUUGAUUCAUGUAUAUCUAGUCGAUACCUGCCCCGUGUUAACUUUCAUUCUCAUAACUAGUACAGAUGCGUUCACUAGCAUUGGCACACUUUGGUUUUUCUAAUAAUUCUUGUUUGAGAAUAGUUCGUGGCUCAUUUUAAUAUAAAAUUUGUGGGCAACGAGCAACAUGAGGUAAAUAUCCUGACAAGAACAUAUUUCUUUUCUUGAUGUCCUUUACGAAUAAGCUUGCAACAUGUAUAUGAAUAAUCUUCUGUUAUAAUGUAUCUUUGUUAUUAUAGUGUGAUUUUGUUGUACUGCAUUGACCUGUAAUAAUUUUGUCCAUUUUCUAACUCUUUAACUGAAUUUUUUCUAAUGUAUUCGCUUUUUCACUGCACUAUCCUCUAUAUACUAAACUGCCUUCGCCUUAUGACUGCCAGGUAAAUUUAAUCCUCUAGUGAUUCAUUAAACGCUGCUUGUAUUUUGCAUUGAUUUCCUACUGCUGAUGCCAAUAUUACGGUCAAAUUUUUAAAAAGUUUAAAUGUUUCAAAUAAUGAAAAUAGUUGAAUAUGUUAAUCAUAAUAUUUGGAGACUAUAAUAAUUCGAAAUAUUGUAUUAUUUAUGGUUUCUAUAUUUUUUCCUAACAUUUCAGUCUUGAAGUUUAUAUCUCAAUCAUAGGAAUUGAUUGUUGUUUUGGCUUGUGGUAUAUGAAACCAGUUGUUUUGCUUUGCUUAUGAUCUAUAAUUGUAUUCUGGUGGGUGUAAUUUCAGUAGUCGCAUUUCUAAUUUUUGUGGUGUAUUUCUUUUAAUUGUACUCUAAGUUUUGUGUAUUUUUGUGAUUCAUGCCAUGUUGUGAUAAGUAGGUAUAUGUAAUAUAUUUAUAUUUUUCAUUCUUGUGAAUAAAAAUAAAAUGCUUCAGCUUGUAAAAUGUGUUCUAUGUCUUACUACUAGAAUUUGCAACUAGUUUUGAUAUUAUUUAGGUUUCUAAUAACCUGACACUGUCGUUGAAAUUACAACAAUUUUAGUUUCAAGUAAAUUAACGGUUUGAAAAUAAGAUUUGGCAUAAACAUUAGCUGCAGAGUACUAAGCAUUUGAAU